UUCCGAUUAAUUUGGCGCCGAGCGGGAAUCCGGUAAGUUAGGUUAGUUUGUGUUAAGUAUGCGAUCUGCAUCUCAGAGUCAGAUAGAUGAUGUCAUGAUGACAGCAACUUGGACACUAUAGUGAUAGUAUUUCAGUAACGACAAACAUGGCUUUUACACUUUGGUCACUCUACGAGGCCACUAUUUUAGUAUUAAAUGCCGUCUGCAUACUGCACGAGGAAAGGUUUCUGAGAAAAUAUGGCUGGGGAGCCAAUCAGAAUGUCCAAGGAUUUGGGGAGCCUCCAUCAGUUAAGUCACAGCUCAUGCAUUUACUCAGGUCGAUACGCACAGUAGUUAGAAUUCCACUGAUAUUUUUCAAUAUAGUAACGAUAUUUAUAAAACUAAUUUUCGGAUGAGGUGGCAAGCAAUACCAAAGCGGUGUACAUAUGAGAGUCUAACGUGGCUGGCUAAGCGGGAGCGACACAAAAGUUGCGGCUGACCAAUUUUUCUACAGAUUGUGUUAACUUAUUUUUACAGUGUGAUACACGACAUAAAAACAGGAAAAAGAAAAAAAUAAAAUAAAAUAAAAUAAACGAUUUCACUCGCCAUACUUCAAUGCAAAAA